AUGUCGUCCAGCAACGAGACCAUCGACUUUAUCGGCGAGCUCUCCUCCACUCGGCCCCACCCUCGAUCGCUCCUAGCUCCUGCACCGUUCACAACCUCCUCCGGUCAAACGAAGGACCCGCUCCUGCACAUCGCCGUAGCCCAGGUGUUACCUGACGAAUCAGGCCUCCAUCCGGAAGAGGGAGAUGUAGGCCAGGCGGGACUGGACAAGCUCGAGCAGUGGGCCAGCUGCGCCGCGCGCAAGGGGGCAGAUGUCGUCGUCUUCCCCGAGUACUUUCUGAGCGGAGCGACGCAUGAUCUGUGGCGGCGGGUGAGGGAGGUGCAGCGCAGAGAGGCUGGCUCGGCGCAACAGCAGCAAACUGCGGAAGGCGGAAAGGGUAAGGGGAGCGGGUCGAACGAGGCAGAGGGAAACGAAAAGGCGUGGAUCGAGAUCAUCAUCCACGUUGCCCAAAAGUACGAUAUCGACAUUGUGGCGGGUACAGUUGUCGAGCUGGGCACCCAACCACACGCCAACAUCCUCGCCGACCAUCCCGUCUCCCAGUCCGAGCCGCAGGACAAAUCCAAAUUCAAGGAUCAUGAUAAGAUUCCUCAUCGCAAGCCCAAGAAGCACGCUCCCACACAGGACGAUGAGCACGAGGACGAACUCUUCAACACCUCUUACUACAUUUCUCGUCACGGCCAAGUGCUUCAUCGCUACACGAAGCAGAAUUUGUGGCACCCCGAACGCGAGACCCUCCUCCAUUCGCAACAGCACACCCACCCAGAACAGCAUCACGGCCCAUCGACUUUCAUCAUCGAGACCAAACGCGGUACAAGAUUGCGCGCGGCUAUGGCCAUCUGUUGGGACCUCGCCUGGUACGAACGCUUUUAUCAGAUGAUUUCGCCUCCAUACGCCAAGGAUCAGGUCUCGGAUCUCGAUGCGGAAGAUCAGGCGCCGGGUCCGGAUGUGAUCUUUGCACCCACUUGCUGGUACGCUAGCGAUGGCGGGGCGAAGGCGCUGCUGUGGAACGGGGUGGGGGAGGCGCUGAUGUUGGACACGUUGUGCCUGAGUAGGGCGGUCGAGCUGGAAGUUGUGCUGAUAAUGUGUAAUGUGUCAGGGCCGAGCAUGGAUGACAAGGUUAUCGAAAAGCUGAGAGAGAGCCUCAGGAAGCAGCACGAAGACGGGGUUGCCGAUGACGAGUUGGAAACGCCUCUGAUCGGGCUGGGUAGAAGCAGAAUCUGCGCACCGUUCUUGAACGUCGUGGCGGAAGUGCCGGAUGAGAGGGAGGUCAUGCUGCUCCAGUCGAUCGAUUUGAACGUCCUCAGGGACGCGAGGGAGAUGUAUAGGAUGCGAUACGAUCAUCUUCAGAGGUGA